ACUCCCGGACCAUGCGCCAUCCCCGGUGGCUCCUAUUCGCUGUCGGCUGCUUCAUUCGGUUGUCGUGAGUCCUUGAUGCAAUGACGUACAACCCGCCAUUCGCUGCCCGGAUGCCAUGCACACCGCAAGACUAGUAGUAAUUCAGACAUGCUAACAUCCAACGGGAUGAGGCACGCACAAGGGGUGUCGCGCAUUCUGCAUCUUGUGACUCCCGAGUAUUUUCACCGUCUUUGCUACUUGAUUGCUCGAGGCCGGCUGCUGGUCGCUGAUAGGUGCUUAGAACUUUAUCCCGGCGACAUAUCAUCAGCAAGUCCGAUCCCGACAGGUCACAUACCAAGGACAACUCUGUCACCUGCAUUUCAGAGUUUCGAAUGGUUGGAUGCAUUAGGGGGCAGUAUAAUGGCUGAUGAGCUGCAGACAUCUAUCAUUUACACUCUGCAGCAUCUGCAUGCAAACCACGUUGAUCAGCUUCCGCUUGGUCCUCCGACAAGAUCCUACUGGACGGGAUACAGUUCACCUAUCUAUAUUGCGCCGGGUGAAUCCAUCCAUAAAGCACUCAGCGUGCUGCAUGGCUCUCUCAUAAUGCAAGGUACACAGAAACAAACACAUGAGCGUCCAUAUCAUGCAUCCAAGGGUCCCACUGAUCUGGCCAUCAUUAGCAGACCCAGAUAUAGAACGUCGAAAUAA